CAGGGUGCUUGUGUGUCUCUGAGCAGGGCUGUGUCUCUGAGCAGGGCUGUGUCUCUGAGCAGGGUCGUUGUGUAUCUCUGAGCAAGGUGCUUGUGUGUUCUCAGUGCUCGCAGGUUUGUUUGCUGUGGGGGAGGCAGGCAGGCAGCACGCCCAGUCUAAUUGCAGGUGCUCUGCGAUCACGUUGAACCACAGCUCCAAGAAGGUGAUUAAACAAACCUGUUUGAGAGGUUUUAAAUGUCAACAUGAGCAGGAGAGAGAGAGGGGGGUGAAAAUCUUUUGAGAAAGAGUGAGAGUGAGAGAUAGAAAGUCUGCAGCCUCCUCAUUGAAGUGCAAUCCAGACCUUUCAAUACAUCUGCUCUGCCCCCACUGAUACAUGUGAAGGGUUUCUGUAUUCAUACAGUGAAGGGUUUCUGUCUUCAUACAGUGAAGGGUUUCUGUGUUCAUACUGUGAAAGGUUUCUGUAUUCAUACAGUGCUGACCUGACACCUGAAUUUGGGGUUAAAUACCUCAUUAGUAGAGGGGGAGAGGAAUGCAGUUUAGUCUAGACUCGCCCGUUUAACCUGAUCACACAUGUAACGAGGGAGGAGGAGGAGGAGGGGGAGUGGCAGAUAAAACGAAUAAAACUCCUGAGUCAUGGGACAACUGGGCAAAGGGGAACGAGAGAGAGGAGAGAGAGACCAUGGGCUCAAACACCACGAGUUUGUAAGCAGCCCUAAUGAAGUAGAGAGAACGGGGAAACAAGAAAAGAGAAGAAAAUAACAAAACAAGACCUCUCCCUUUAGAGGAAAACAAAAGAAAGAAAAGAGGGAAGGAGACAGCUCCACAGUAAACAAGAGGAAAGCGACAGAGCGAGCCUUGAAUCAGAAAGAAAGAAAAGAUAACAAGCAAAGAACAGAAACAAGAUUUUUCCGUUAGUGCUACUCCUCUGUGCACAGACAGACAGACAGACAGACAGACAGACAGACAGAGCUCUGCUAGGUUCAGACUGCACUCAUUUCUGGUAGACAUUUCUCAAGGCAAGGUCAGAACGCUGUGUUCAUUGGGCUGCAUGCUGACAGGAGAAUGGGUCAGAAACUGGUUACCAGUUUGCUCUGGCAGCUGGGAGGCAGCGAGGAGUCCAAGGCAGGCUUCUCCAUCCCUGUGCACCCCCCUCCCAGUGCCUCGCAGGCCCUCUGUUCUCUUGCCGACACAGGCGCCCUGUCGGCUCCUGAUAGGCUGGCUGAGCUGCUGGCCCUGCCCCCCUGCUCCCCUGAGGUCCAAUCACAACACGGCUGGAAUGCCCAAGACUCCUCCCCCUGCAUGACAGUCUGCGGAUCACCUUUGACCUUCAAGAGGCGCCCCACCGCCCAGACGACCGACAGCAUUCGAGGUAGAAUGGGGUACAUGAGUGGCCUGCAUGUGUGGGAGAUCUCAUGGCCCCCGUCUCAGCGCGGGACGCACGCCGUUGUGGGGGUCUCCACCACGCAGGCCCCCCUGCAGGCCGAGGGGUACCAGGCUCUGCUGGGCAGUGACCCUCACUCCUGGGGUCUGGACCUGGGGAAAGGGGUGCUGUACCACAGGGGGCAGGCACAGAGAUACCCCACAGGGCGCUGGGCAGAGGAAAUUACCUCGUCGGGGUUCCCUGAGCGCAUCCUGGUGGUGCUGGACCUGCAGUGUGGCACUCUGGGAUAUGCUUUGGAGGAUGGGAGGUAUCUGGGCGUGGCUUUCCAGGGGUUGAAGGGCGCGGCCUUUCACCCGGCCGUGAGUGCAGUGUGGGGUCAGUGUGAGGUCACCAUCAGAUAUCGGAACGGACUGAAACCUCAGCCCCUCUCUCUGCAGCAGCUGUGUCGGCAGUCCGUGAGGGAGGCUUUAGGACCCAGCAGGCUGGCGGGAGUGUGGGGCCUGCCUCUGCCCUCGGCUGUGCAGAGCUCCCUGCUGCAGCACUGAGGCCCCAGCCGGCCUCCGUGUCAGGCUGUGCUGCCGGCAGGCUCAUCCAACGUCCACCAUCUUGGCUCCAGGUUGUCUGUAGUUUAUCCAUGGCACCAGUGUCCUGCUCUGUAACCCAUUCUCCACAAUCACACCGGUCGCACCGAGCAAGAUGGGCCUGCUACUGUGACAGGCUAAGAGCUGGCAGGACUCUGAGCCGAGCCUCUGAACCACAAACACUGAUGAAACUGCAGCAGACGGCCAUCUUGGCUCCAGCUUCCCUCUGGUUUCUAUGCAGCACUGGCUCUGCAUGUGGAGCCACAAUGGCGUUAGUUUAUUUGAUUGUAAAAGUCACAUGAUUUCACUGUCUGACGAAGGCAUCAGCAAAAAUGCUUGUGCUUGACUCUCCCCAUCUCUCUCUCUCUCUCUCUCUCUCUCUCUCUAUGACGAGGGCAGUCUGCCCGAUAGCUUGUCUAACCCUCUUGUGUGUAUUUUUGUAUGUUUGUUUGACAAGGGCUCUGAUUGCAGAACUCUGUAAAUAUGAUUGAGCUGCUCUGUACACACGGAGAGUCAUAAAUUAGACCUCAUUCCAAUGAUAUUAACACACAGAGCUGUGAACCUCAGCAACCACACAUUCCAGCAAGACAGCAAAGCACAGCAGAGCCCCCAGGCUGCAGUGCUCUACCAUCAGCACAGGGCUGGGCUCUACAGCUCCCAUGCAUUGCAAUAGCAUGUUAGAGCAGGUUACAGCAUCUGAAUGUUUGUGUGGAGCAGCAAACCCAACACUGUAACAAUCUGAAAUAAAUACAAAAGUAAAAACCACUAUCUCUAUACAUUCAAAAUCAAUUGUACUUUCUCAUUCACCAUGUUUAGAACAACUAAAAGAAACAGAAUAAAUUCAAUGACAAACGUUUAGACUAGAAAGUACAGAGAGCCUUCUAGUGGAAACAUUUGCCAUUGAAUUUACACUGAAGAUGCUGAGAAAGACUUCUACUAAAUUCAUUAAGUUUCUUUCAGUGUUUCUAAAUUGAGCAGUGAGUCUGGCUGGUUAAGCAGGGGGAGUCAGUGAGUGUGAGUGUACCCUCAUAGCCUGCAGGCGGAGUCAGUGAGUGUGCCCUCAUAGCCUGCAGGGGGAGUCAGUGAGAGUGAGUGUGCCCUCAUAGCCCUGCAGGGGGAGUCAGUGAGAGUGAGUGUGCCCUCAUAGCCCUGCAGGGGGAGUCAGUGAGAGUGAGUGUGCCCUCAUAGCCCUGCAGGGGGAGUCAGUGAGAGUGAGUGUGCCCUCAUAGCCCUGCAGGGGGAGUCAGUGAGAGUGAGUGUGCCCUCAUAGCCCUGCAGGGGGAGUCAGUGAAUGUGAGUUUGAGUGUGCCCUCAUAGCCUGCAGGGGGAGUCAGUGAGAGUGAGUGUGCCCUCAUAGCCUGCAGGGGGAGUCAGUGAGAGUGAGUGUGCCCUCAAAGCCCUGCAGGGGGAGUCAGUGAGAGUGCUUUACAAUGCUUCCCUAUGCGUCACCAGACCUCUCUGUGCUUUACAAAGCUUCCCUAUGCUUUACCAGACCUAUCUGUGCUUUACAAAGCUUUCCUAUACUUUACCAGACCUCUCUGUGCUUUACAAAGCUUCCCUAUGCUUUUCCAGACCUCUCUGUGCUUUACAAAGCUUCCCUAUGCUUUACCAGACCUCUCUGUGCUUUACAAAGCUACCCUAUGCUUUACCAGACCUCUCUGUGCUUUACAAAGCUUCCCUAUGCUUUACCAGACCUCUCUGUGCUUUACAAAGCUUCCCUAUGCUUUUCCAGACCUCUCUGUGCUUUACAAAGCUUCCCUAUGCGUUACCAGACCUCUCUGUGCUUUACAAAGCUUCCCUAUACUUUACCAGACCUCUCUGUGCUUUACAAAGCUUCCCUAUGCGUUACCAGACCUCUCUGUGCUUUACAAAGCUUCCCUAUACUUUACCAGACCUCUCUGUGCUUUACAAAGCUUCCCUAUGCGUUACCAGACCUCUCUGUGCUUUACAGUGCUCUAGUUAUUACACUUGGCUUUGCUUUUACUAUGGGACACUUUUAUAAGGGAACACAGUUACAGUAAUAAUUCUGAAUGUAAUAGUUUUGAGCGGAGUAUCACAGUUCUCUUAAUGAUGUUCACAUUCACGCUGUAUCCUUUCCUGUGCCAGGCAUCACACCCAGGAGCCACUGUGCCCUCGGCAUAGCUCUCACAAUCAUGUGGAACCCGACCUGCCUCCUAGAGGAGUCAGUAUAUACUGCAUCUAUAUACUCACACACACACUGAUACACACACACUGACACACACUGAUACACACACUGAUACACCGAUACACACACUGAUACACACACAGAGAGACACACACACACACUGACCCCCCCCCCCCCCCCCCCACACACACACACACACCUCCCCUCCUCACAUCAUGUAACUGUACCAUGCAGACCUUGUGCACUGAACUUUCAUUGUAGUGCUCAAAAUGGUUAGGGUCAAGAUGAUUUUAAUAAAAAAAUAUAUAUGUAUUUCAACUAAGAAUAUUCAAACACUAUUAUUCAGGACUUUCAGUUAGUUUUGAAGAAUGCAGCUCUUACUAGGUAGUGGGGGGCAUGAUGUCAUCGAGGCGCAUUGCGCAAGGGGGGUGUCACCCUCCCACUGGAAGCUGUUGAAAAAAGGGAUUCAAAUGCUGCAACUUUGGGUGGUUUAAGCAUGUGCUAGACUAUUUCAUUUAUUAUUGUUUGAUGCUGAAGCUAUUCAUGAAUAAGUUAGUAUUCCUCAAUUCAGUUGCAUAAUAUUAUAUACAGACGUGCUCAAAUUUGUUGGUACCCUUACAGCUCAUUGAAAUAAUGCUUCAUUCCUCCUGAAAAGUGAUGAAAUUAAAAGCUAUUUUAUCAUGUAUACUUGCAUGCCUUUGGUAUGUCAUAGAAUAAAGCAAAGAAGCUGUGAAAA